CACGUUACUCACGCCUUGUUAAUUGAUCACAUGAAAGUUUUUCAGUACCUACCUACCUACCUAUUCAUAUUGGUUUAGUUUUAUUAAUGUGACAAUAUUUGCUGUUAGUCCUUUCUGAGCCUAUCUACGUUCAAUCAAUUUGUAUCAAGUUGAAAUAAUAAUGUCGAUUAAUGCAACAGAAAUAUCAUAUAACAUUACUCAAGAUUUCUACAGAGAUCGAUCAAAACAAUCAAAUCAUAUUUCCACAAUAUUGUUCACUAUUUUGAUAUUUUUUACAUUUUUCCUCAUCACCAAACUAUUACAAUGGGUCAAGUUUCGCAAACAUUUCAACAACAGUAACUUUGGACUUUUUUUCGGAUCAACCGAAGACGUAAUGACCAGACUGUUGGCAAAAAUAGAAACAUGUAAUCCAACGCCAUUUAAUUUUUGGUUGGCUUUUAUACGUUUCGUUAUCGUAGAUAAACCAGAAGAUUUGCAAGUAGUACUCAACAGUACUAGUACUUUGGAAAAAAGCGAUAUGUACAAAUUCUUCAAAAAUACCGUUGGGGAAGGAUUAUUUUCAGCUCCUGUUGAAAAAUGGCGAAAACAUCGUCGAAUAAUAACUCCAGCAUUUAACAUGCGUUUAUUGGAAAGUUUCUUCGAGAUUUUCAAUCGUAAUAAUCAGCUUUUAGUUGAAAAGUUGAAAAAAGAAUUGGAAACUGAAAAGCAUUUCGAUAUCUGGAAGUAUAUUUCAUCUACUGCUCUGGAUAUCAUUUGCGAGACAACUAUGGGCUUCAAUUUGAGCUCCGAAGAAAACACCAAAAAAGAAUUCGAACAAGCAUUAGUAAGAGCUUCUAUAGCUGAUAGCAUGCGUAUUUAUAAACCAUGGCUUCAUUUGGACGCAGUAUUCGCCAUUUAUGCUUAUUUCACCGACUUGAGAAAAAGCUACCAAAUGAUGCAUAAACUUCCGAUGCAGGUUAUACAGCACAGAAAAAAUGAAUUUUUGAAAAGAAAAUUGGAAUCGAGAGAUGACAUAGAUGAUAAUGGAAAUGAUAAAUAUAACAAAACGUUCCUUGAUAUCCUGCUGGACCUGAACGAAAAAGGAGCUGAAUUUACAGAUGAUGAUAUUCGCGAUGAAGUUGUAACAAUGAUGAUUGGAGGCAGCGAAACGAGCGCUUUGACCAAUUGCUACACAUUAUUAAUGUUGUCUAUGCAUCCACAUGUUCAAGAAAAAGUGUACGAAGAAAUUAGUAGUACUAUAGGAAACGAAAAUAGAUUUAUUGAUUUGAAAGAUGUUCAAGAAAUGACAUACUUGGAGCAGUGUAUCAAAGAAACAUUAAGAUUAUUUCCGGUGGGACCUUUACUUCUGAGAAAAACCAAAGAUCCUAUUAAAUUGAGUAAUGACUUCAUCGUACCAAGGGGUACGAACAUCAUCAUUCCACCGCUUAAAGUACAUCGCGAUGCAAAAAAUUACGAAAAUCCUUUAAUAUGGAAUCCUGAUAAUUUUUCUGCAGAAGAAGCUAAUAAGCGUCACAAAUAUACUUUUAUGGCAUUCAGUGGUGGUCCAAGAGGGUGUAUAGGUUCCAAAUACGCCAUGCUAUCGAUGAAAGUAACGCUUUCCAAGAUAUUACUCAAUUAUCGCUUAGCAACUGAUAUGAAAAUGGAAGACAUCAAAUUAAAAAUAGAUUUAUUGAUGAGAAGUGUAGAUGGUUAUAAAAUAAAAUUAUACUCUAGAAAAAAAGAAUAAAUUCAAGAAAACAAGAAA